AUGGUUGAAACCCGUCCAAGACUUCUUGUUGAGUAUAUGCUCCUGAGUUUCCUCCUUUCGCAGUUUGGUUUUAGGCAUGGAUCUUCCCAGACAACUACUGAGUUGGAUCCUAAAGAAGGCUUGGAUACUAACAAUUUGAAGAUCAAUUGCACAGAUGACUGUGGACAUGGCAAAAACAGCUAUUGCCAUAUCAAAGAGUUUUCUUUUACUGGCGCCGCUUUAACUGGUUUUAUACCUAAAGAAGUAGAGGAGCUUAAGCAUUUGGAGACGCUUGAUUUAUCCAGCAAUAAGCUCACCGGUUCCAUACCCGAGACCUUGUGGAAUUUGUCAUCCCUCAUACAAUUAGACCUUUCAAGCAAUCAACUGACAGGAGGCAUAUCAGGGCGCAUUGGACACUUGCGCAAUCUUACUAUUCUCUAUCUGGGUCACAACUUCCUCACCGGACAGAUACCAUCAUCUUUGGGUGCUCUGCGUUCUCUGCAAACGUGGUCCAAUUCCCCGCCAAUUAGGAAACAUCACAACCCUUCAAAGAUUAAUCGACUCUCUGGUCGUCUUCCACCCUCAUUUAGUAAUUUGAGCAAUCUCCAAUACUUCUGGGCGGCAUCCAAUGAUCUCACUGGGGAGUUCCCGGAUUAUGGCAGUCUUAAUCAGUUGCGCUUAUUUUCAAUAUCUGGCAACUAUAUGUCUGGUCGCUUCCCAGCUGACUUCAUCAGAAAAUGGACCCAAAUCUAUUAUCUGUCAAUUGUGGGAAACAAUUUUGAAGGGAAUCUACCUGCAGAAAUUUUUAAUUUCUCCAGUCUUCAGUAUUUAAUGAUCAGUGACGUAGCAAACUCUGGUUUCCAAUUCCCACGAUCUGCGAACCUGAGCAAUAUAAACACUCUGAUAUUAAGGAACUGUUCCAUCACCGGUGAAAUCCCUGAAUACAUUGGUAAAAUGUCAAAUUUAGAAUACUUGUGA